AAGCCCACAAAGCGGUUUCAGAGUAUGAUUGCUCCACCUCACUUGGAAACAGACAGUUGAAAUUAUGGAAUCCCGAAAAUAGUCAAUGACAGAGGUAAACCAAGCGAGGAAAACGAAGGGCAUAGAGGGAAUGAUAAAGACGAAGGGCUAUGAAAUUGGAGUAGGAAAAAUGGAAGACCCACACAUCACAUGAAGAAAGAAAGAGAAAAAAGUGGAGGAAUAAGGAAUAGGAAUUGCAUCCUCCAAAACAAAAGCCUCACACACCGCAAAUAUAAUAACUCUUCAUCCUCCUAAACAAAGACUUCGCGUCCAAGCAAUUUCCGAGUUAAAGAAGAUAUAUCAAAAGGGAAAAGCAGGGCGAAUCAGUGGAGGAUUUUGAAGAAAGAAUCAGAUUUUGAGUUUCUUUGGGUGAAUCUGAAUAGAUCAGAAGGUGAUGUCGUGUUCGUCGUCGUCGGGGUCGGAGGAAGACGAUGAGGGAUUCGACUCUUACCGGAAAGGAGGGUACCACGCCGUCAGAGUCGGCGAUCAGUUCGGCAGCGGCAGGUACAUAGCGCAGAGAAAAUUGGGUUGGGGUCAGUUCUCCACCGUCUGGCUUGCCUACGAUACUAAAACUUCUUCAUUUGUUGCACUCAAGAUCCAGAAAAGUGCGGCUCAGUUUGUUCAGGCUGCCCUUCAUGAGAUUGAUAUUCUUUCAUCCAUUGCUGACCGUGACCCAUCAAAUUCAAAAUUUGUAAUUCAAUUGAUUGACAACUUUAAGCACAAUGGUCCAAAUGGACAGCAUCUAUGCAUGGUCCUAGAGUUUCUGGGCGAUAGCUUGCUUCGCUUGAUCAAAUAUAACCGUUACAAAGGCCUUCCAUUGAAUAAAGUUAGAGAGAUUUGCAAAUGUGUUUUAGUUGGUUUGGACUACUUGCAUACUGAUCUUGGUAUAAUCCACUCUGACCUAAAACCUGAAAACAUUCUUCUAUGUUCAACCAUUGAUCCUGCCAAAGACCCUUUAAGAUCUGGACUCUCCCCAAUUCUGGAGCGACCUGAGGGAAACACAAAUGGUGGAGUAUCAAGUCUUAUUGAGAAAAGGUUGAAAAGGAGAGCAAGGUCCGCAGUUGCUAAGAUAUCCGGAAGAAGAGGGACAAUGGGAGAAGAUGUUGCAAACACCGAUAGAAACAUUAAUGGGAUUGAUGUGAGAUGCAAGAUAGUAGAUUUUGGAAAUGCUUGUUGGGCUGAUAAGCAGUUUGCAGAAGAAAUUCAGACAAGACAGUACAGAGCACCUGAAGUUAUACUGAUAUCUGGCUAUUCUUUCCCUGUUGACAUGUGGUCUUUUGCUUGCAUUGUUUUUGAACUAGCCACUGGAGAUAUGUUGUUCACACCAAAGGGUGGACAAGGUUUUAGUGAGGAUGAGGAUCACCUUGCCCUGAUGAUGGAACUCCUUGGAAAGAUGCCCCGGAAGAUUGCUAUUGGAGGAGCUCAAUCCAAGGAUUACUUUGACAGGCAUGGGGAUCUAAAAAGGAUUCGCAGGCUAAAAUUCUGUCCACUAGACAAAUUGCUGACUGAUAAAUAUAAAUUUUCAGCUAAUGAUGCUCGAGAGUUUUCAGAAUUUCUUCUACCACUCUUUGAUUUUGCCCCUGAGAAGCGACCAACUGCGAGACAGUGCCUGGAACAUCCAUGGCUGAACCCUCCAAAUCAAACUGCUCAAGAAAAAGUGCAUGCUGGAAUGAGCAACCUUCAGAUCUCACAGUCCAAGGCAUAGUCACAUCUUUAAGCCCCUCCUUCCACAUGAACUAUUGAUUGUCAUAUUAUUAUUUUUUAUCAAACUUCAAUAAGAUUCUUUCUAAUGGUUUAUUAACUUCAAAGAUGUAAAUCAGCAAAGAAUUUUGUUCCUCCACUGAUAUAUCUGACACCAGAAUUUGCCUGUAUACUGUU